AAGAGAUAAAGAUAGACUCAGUGGGAAGCAACUUUGUCUCUCUGAGCUGGGGCAGACCUGCUGGUAUGGACGAGAUCCCUCACAGUUUUAAAGUUACCUAUUCAAACUCUGUCAAGGACAACACUCUUUCCACCACUGCACCUUCCAAUUCCACUCUCAUCUCUAAGCUGAGGCCUGGGAUACAUUAUAGCUUCACAGUCACCACAGUGCUGGAGAACGGGACCCAGGGCACGCCUGUUUCAGCAGCUGUCUUCACCAAACCAACCCCUCCUGGAAAGAUAAAGAUAGACUCAGUGGGAAGCGACUCUGUCUCUCUGAGCUGGCGCAGUCCUGCUGGUAUGGACGAGAUCCCUCACAGUUUUAAAGUCACCUAUUUAAGCUCUGUCGAGGACAACCCUCUUUCCAUCACAGCAUCCUCCAAUUCCACAGUCCUUUCUGAUCUGAUACCUGGGAGAGAGUACACCUUCACAGUCACCACAGAGCUGGUGAAUGGGAUCCAGAGCACACCUGUUUCAACAUCUGCCUGCACCAGAACCUCGGAGAUGUCACCAGAGAAGAGCGUGCCAGGUGAGGGGGCUCGAGAGACUGAACUCCAGGUAGAAAUGAAGAAAACGCAGGUCAGCCAAAUCACUCACUUUCCUGAGGACACCAGAGAAGUGCCCAGCUCAGAGAGAACUCUGGACACUACACCCAUCAUCCCAAAUCCUCAAGACCAGGAUAAACCUGAAGGUCCAGCAGACACAUCGCCUGUCACCUCCACUGGUCAAAGGAUCCAGAGCAUGCCUGCUUCAAGAUUUCUCUGUACAAAACCGUCCCCUCCUAAAGAGAUAAAGAUAGACUCAGUGGGAAGCAACUUUGUCUCUCUGAGCUGGGGCAGACCUGCUGGUAUGGACGAGAUCCCUCACAGUUUUAAAGUUACCUAUUCAAGCUCUGUCAAGGACAACACUCUUUCCAUCACUGCACCCUCCAAUUCCACUCUCAUCUCUAAGCUGAGGCCUGGGAUACAUUAUAGCUUCACAGUCACCACAGUGCUGGAGAACGGGACCCAGGGCACGCCUGUUUCAGCAGCUGUCUUCACCAAACCAACCCCUCCUGGAAAGAUAAAGAUAGACUCAGUGGGAAGCGACUCUGUCUCUCUGAGCUGGCGCAGUCCUGCUGGUCUUGAUGAGAUCCCUCACAGUUUUAAAGUCACCUAUUUAAGUUCUGUCGAGGACAACCCUCUUUCCAUCACAGCACCCUCCAAUUCCACAGUCCUCUCUAAUCUGAUACCUGGGAGAGAGUACACCUUCACAGUCACCACAGAGCUGGAGAAUGGGAUCCAGAGAACCUCGGAGAUGCCUUCAGAGAAGAGCGUGCCAGGUGAGAGGGCUCGAGAGGCUGAACUCCAGGUAGAAAUGAAGAAAACGCAGGUCAGUCAAAUCACUCACUUUGCUGAGGACACCAGAGAAGUGCCCAGCACAGAGAGAACUCUGGACGCUACACCCAUCAUCCCAAAUCCUCAAGACCAGGACAAACCUCAGGGUCCAGCAGACACCACGCCUGCCACCUCUACUGGUCAAGGGAUCCAGAGCAUGCCUGCUUCAAGAUUUCUCUGUACAAAACCGUCUCCUCCUGGAGAGAUAAAGAUAGACUCAGUUGGAAGCAACUCUGUCUCUCUGAGCUGGGGCAGUCCUGCUGGUAUGGAUGAGAUCCCUCACAGUUUUAAAAUCACCUGUUCAAGCUCUGUCGAUGACAAAAGUCUUUCCAUCACUGCACCCUCCAAUUCCACUCUCAUCUCUGAGCUGAGACCUGGAAGAGAGUACAGCUUCACAGUCACCACAUUGCUGGAGAAUGAGACACAGAGCACGCCUGUUUCAGCAGCUGUCUGCACCAAACCAACCCCUCCUGGAAAGAUAAAGAUAGACUCAGUGGGAAGCGACUCUGUCUCUCUGAGCUGGCGCAGUCCUCCUGGUCUGGAUGAGAUCCCUCACAGUUUUAAAGUCACCUAUUUAAGUUCUGUCGAGGACAACCCUCUUUCCAUCACAGCACCCUCCAAUUCCACAGUCCUUUCUGAUCUGAUACCUGGGAGAGAGUACACCUUCACAGUCACCACAGAGCUGGUGAAUGGGAUCCAGAGCACACCUGUUUCAACAUCUGCCUGCACCAGAACCUCAGAGAUGCCUUCAGAGAAGAGCGUGCCAGGUGAGGGGGCUCAAGAGGCUGAACUCCAGGUAGAAAUGAAGAAAACGCAGAUCAGCCAAAUCACUCACUUUGCUGAGGACACCAGAGAAGUGCCCAGCUCAGAGAGAACUCUGGACGCUACACCCAUCAUCCCAAAUCCUCAAGACCAGGACAAACCUCAGGGUCCAGCAGACACAUCACCUGUCACGUCUACUGAUCAAGGGAUCCAGAGCAUGCCUGCUUCAAGAUUUCCCUGUACAAAACCGUCUCCUCCUGGAGAGAUAAAGAUAGACUCAGUGGGAAGCAACUCUGUCUCUCUGAGCUGGGGCAGUCCUGCUGGUAUGGACAAGAUCCCUCACAGUUUUAUAAUCACCUAUUCAAGCUCUGUCAAGGACAACACUCUUUCCAUCACUGCACGCACCAAUUCCACUCUCAUCUCUAAGCUGAGACCUGGGAGAGAGUACAGCUUCACAGUCACCACAUUGCUGGAGAAUGGGACACAGAGCACGCCUGUUUCAGCAGCUGUCUGCACCAAACCAACCCCUCCUGGAAAGAUAAAGAUAGACUCAGUGGGAAGCGACUCUGUCUCUCUGAGCUGGCGCAGUCCUGCUGGUAUGGACGAGAUCCCUCACAGUUUUAAAGUCACCUAUUUAAGCUCUAUCGAGGACAACCCUCUUUCCAUCACAGCACCCUCCAAUUCCACAGUCCUUUCUGAUCUGAUACCUGGGAGAGAGUACACCUUCACAGUCACCACAGAGCUGGUGAAUGGGAUCCAGAGCACACCUGUUUCAACAUCUGCCUGCACCAGAACCUCAGAGAUGCCUUCAGAGAAGAGCGUGCCAGGUGAGAGGGCUCAAGAGGCUAAACUCCAGGUAGAAAUGAAGAAAACGCAGGUCAGCCAAAUCACUCACUUUGCUGAGGACACCAGAGAAGUGCCCAGCUCAGAGAGAACUCUGGACGCUACACCCAUCAUCCCAAAUCCUCAAGACCAGGACAAACCUCAGGGUCCAGCAGACACCUCGCCUGCCACCUCUACUGGUCAAGGGAUCCAGAGCAUGCCUGCUUCAAGAUUUCUCUGUACAAAACCGUCUCCUCCUGGAGAGAUAAAGAUAGACUCAGUGGGAAGCAACUCUGUCUCUCUGAGCUGGGGCAGUCCUGCUGGUAUGGACAAGAUCCCUCACAGUUUUAAAAUCACCUAUUCAAGCUCUGUCGAUGACAAAAGUCUUUCCAUCACUGCACCCUCCAAUUCCACUCUCAUCUCUAAGCUGAGACCUGGAAGAGAGUACAGCUUCACAGUCACCACAUUGCUGGAGAAUGAGACACAGAGCACGCCUGUUUCAGCAGCUGUCUGCACCAAACCAACCCCUCCUGGAGAGAUAAAGAUAGACUCAGUGGGAAGCGACUCUGUCUCUCUGAGCUGGCGCAGUCCUGCUGGUAUGGACGAGAUCCCUCACAGUUUUAAAGUGACCUAUUUAAGCUCUGUCGAGGACAACCCUCUUUCCAUCACAGCACCCUCCAAUUCCACAGUCCUCUCUAAUCUGAUACCUGGGAGAGAGUACACCUUCACAGUCACCACAGAGCUGGUGAAUGGGAUCCAGAGCACACCUGUUUCAACAUCUGCCUGCACCAGAACCUCGGAGAUGUCACCAGAGAAGGGCGUGCCAGGUGAGGGGGCUCGAGAGACUGAACUCCAGGUAGAAAUGAAGAAAACGCAGGUCAGCCAAAUCACUCACUUUUCUGAGGACACCAGAGAAGUGCCCAGCUCAGAGAGAACUCUGGACACUACACCCAUCAUCCCAAAUCCUCAAGACCAGGACAAACCUGAAGGUCCAGCAGACACAUCGCCUGUCACCUCCACUGGUCAAAGGAUCCAGAGCAUGCCUGCUUCAAGAUUUCUCUGUACAGAACCGUCUCCUCCUGGAGAGAUAAAGAUAGACUCAGUGGGAAGCAACUCUGUCUCUCUGAGCUGGGGCAGUCCUGCUGGUAUGGAGGAGAUCCCUCACAGUUUUAAAGUUACCUAUUCAAACUCUGUCAAGGACAACACUCUUUCCAUCACUGCACCUUCCAAUUCCACUCUAAUCUCUAAGCUGAGGCCCGGGAUACAUUAUAGCUUCACAGUCACCACAGUGCUGGAGAACGGGACCCAGGGCACGCCUGUUUCAGCAGCUGUCUUCACCAAACCGUCCCCUCCUGGAAAGAUAAAGAUAGACUCAGUGGGAAGCGACUCUGUCUCUCUGAGCUGGCGCAGUCCUCCUGGUCUGGAUGAGAUCCCUCACAGUUUUAAAGUGACCUAUUUAAGCUCUGUCGAGGACAACCCUCUUUCCAUCACAGCACCCUCCAAUUCCACAGUCCUUUCUGAUCUGAUAUCUGGGAGAGAGUACACCUUCACAGUCACCACAGAGCUGGUGAAUGGGAUCCAGAGCACGCCUGUUUCAACAUCUGCCUGCACCAGAACCUCAGAGAAGAGCGUGCCAGGUGAGAAGGCUCAAGAGGCUGAACUCCAGGUAGAAAUGAAGAAAACGCAGAUCAGCCAAAUCACUCACUUUGCUGAGGACACCAGAGAAGUGCCCAGCUCAGAGAGAACUCUGGACGCUACACCAAUCACCCCAAAUCCUGAAGACCAGGACAAACCUCAGGGUCCAGCAGACACAUCACCUGUCACCUCUACUGAUCAAGGGAUCCAGAGCAUGCCUGCUUCAAGAUUUCCCUGUACAAAACCAUCUCCUCCUGGAGAGAUAAAGAUAGACUCAGUGGGAAGCAACUCUGUCUCUCUGAGCUGGGGCAGUCCUGCUGGUAUGGACAAGAUCCCUCACAGUUUUAUAAUCACCUAUUCAAGCUCUGUCAAGGACAACACUCUUUCCAUCACUGCACGCACCAAUUCCACUCUCAUCUCUAAGCUGAGACCUGGGAGAGAGUACAGCUUCACAGUCACCACAUUGCUGGAGAAUGGGACACAGAGCAUGCCUGUUUCAGCAGCUGUCUGCACCAAACCAACCCCUCCUGGAAAGAUAAAGAUAGACUCAGUGGGAAGCGACUCUGUCUCUCUGAGCUGGCGCAGUCCUCCUGGUCUGGACGAGAUCCCUCACAGUUUUAAAGUUAGCUAUUUAAGCUCUGUCGAGGACAACCCUCUUUCCAUCACAGCACCCUCCAAUUCCACAGUCGUCUCUGAUCUGAGACCUGGGAGAGAGUACAGCUUCACAGUCACCACAGAGCUGGUGAAUGGGAUCCAGAGCAUGUCUGUUUCAACAUCUCUCUGCACAAAAACACAUAUAGAAGAUUUGCUGUGCAGGCUGGGACUGAAGAACUACUUCCCAGGCAAGAUUACAUUGAGUACUGUCCUUGAGAUCGGUAGAGAGAGUAUUACAGAUGAACCGAUUCAGUCACUAAACAAACUUCCCUGGUGCUUUCUGAAAAGACUCAUGAUGGUAAAUGUGACAGCUCGGAGUACCAAGUGCAGUGCUGCUGAGGCAGAUACAGACACAGCUUUGCAAGACCUUGAUAGUGUUCUUGAACUUAUUGGUAGUAAUGAUGGUCAAGACACAAAUAUAAUCAAUCCACUUGAUCUCUUAGCAGCACUCUUUCUGUGCUCAAAUAGCUUCCUGCAGCAGGAAAUGAUGUCAAAAAUGUCGAUGUGCCAGUUUGCUGUACCUCUCUUGCUCCCUGACUGCAGCACCAAUCAGUGUACAUUAAUGCUGUGGGCCAUGCGAGACAUUGUGAAGAAGUUUAGACCCAGUUCAUUAGCCGACUCAAAAGGGUUUGUAGAAGACAGUAUUGUCAGCACUGCCAUGCCAAUGAUCUCUUUUGUCAGGAUGGGUGACUGCAGUUUAUCAAAGUCUCAGAUUCUGAAUCAGGUUCUCAGCAACCCCCAGCAGUACCAUGAUGUCUUCAUCCAUCGUAAUAUGGAAAGUGGAAAUGUUCCACGGAGGAUUGCAAACGGUCUAGUGGAAAUAUGUUGGUACCUUCCUUGUGGAAAGAACAACUUGGACAUCUUUCCAGAACCUGUAGCUGUUGUCAACCUUCGUGGAGAUGUCCUUUCCUUUCAGAAACAGUUUUCCAUUUUAUGUCAAACAUCCUCAGCAGUCUUCAUAUUUUUUGACAGUAUUGCGGAGAGCGAGUGCAAUCUCUUGUCCUCUGCAGGAAAUAUUAAAGCCCAAUUGUUUUUGGUUGCAAAUUUUCCAAAUAAGACAGAGAAAAACAUAAACUCUCUGAAAGGCUUGGCAUCAAAAUUAAAAUUAAGUGGAAGUCAUUUCCUAUUUAAGAAACAGCAGACCAAUGAUGCAGAAUUUAUGACAAAACUGCGCUUAAUUAUGAAUGACAUCAUGGAAAACUGUCAACACAAAACAACCAUUGAAGACAUGUCUACUGUAGCACAUGAAUUGGGAAUUCGUGUAGAUGAAGACUGCACUGAAUGUCAGAAUGCUAAGAAAAGUGCUGCAGAAAUCACAUCUAGAAUCAACGAUGUGGUGCGAUAUAAAGAGGAUCAGUUGCCAUUGCAAGGGAAGCUUUGGAAGGAGCUGGCUAAAAUAGAAAAGGAGGAGUGCAGGCUACAGAAGACAGGAGACCAGCCUAUUGAAGAAUAUAAAGCCAGUCUGCAAAGUGAAAAACAGAAACUGAGACAACAACAAAGUAGUUAUGAUUUGUCUGAAGCAAUGCAGUGUUUCAUCGCUGCCAUAUCCACUGAAAGCAAAGAAGAACGAUCCUAUUUUCUAAAGUGGAUGAGGAUAAACUUGGAUGUUACGGCACGAAAUAAACUUUCCGGUCUUCGUGUUGAAUAUAAAGAAAAGUGUUGCAAGUUGUCAGAGAACAAAGAGAUAAUUGCAGCCCUGGAUAGACAAAUAUCAAACAGCUCUUUAGGAAUGGAACAUUUCAUGCGUGAGAUGGGGCAGCUUUAUGAAGCAGCGUGCUCCCUUCCUCCAAAUAAUGCAUUUCGUCUGCAAUUUCAAGAUCUUCCAAGUUUGGGAGCAGAUCUGCUGUUGGAUGGCUUCCCCCUUGAGCUGGUGGAUGGAGAUGCAUCAAAUAUCCCUCUGAGGUGGGUGUCUGAUGUUCUUAAAGAGCUCCACAGGAAAAGCCAACACAAGAGCAGGCUACUGGUUGUAACAGUGUUGGGAGUUCAAAGCACUGGGAAGUCUACCCUCCUCAACACAAUGUUUGGGGUUCAGUUUGCAGUUAGCAGUGGCAGGUGCACAAGAGGAGCCUUCAUGCUGUUAAUCAGAGUCAAAGAGGAUCUUAAAGAAGAGCUGAACUGUGACUUUAUCUUGGUAAUCGACACUGAAGGUCUAAAAUCUCCAGAGCUGGCACAACUGGAAGACAGCUACGAACAUGACAAUGAGCUUGCAACACUGGUCGUUGGAUUGAGUGACAUCACCAUAAUAAACAUUGCAAUGGAGAACUCCACAGAGAUGAAGGAUAUCCUACAGAUCGUGGUGCAUGCCUUUCUUAGAAUGGACAAAGUGGGAAAGAAACCAAAAUGUCACUUUGUGCACCAGAAUGUGGGGGAUGUGUCUGCUCAUGACAAAAACAUGCGGGACAGGAAAAUGCUUCUAGAACAGCUGAAUGAGAUGACACAGGCAGCUUCUAGAAUGGAGAAGCAGGAUAUUGACAGAAAAUUCACUGAUAUAAUGGAGUAUGAUCCAGAGAAAAAUAACUGGUACAUCCCAGGCCUGUGGCAUGGUAACCCUCCAAUGGCACCAGUAAACACUGGCUACAGUGAGACUGUGUAUCAGUUCAAGAAGAGCUUGAUUGAAGAUUUGAAAAAUGCCAACAAGCAAAAACCUCCUGCACCAGUUACAGAGUUCCUGGAGUGGGUGGGGAGUUUGUGGAAAGCCGUUAAAUAUGAGAACUUCAUCUUCAGCUUCAGAAAUAGUCUAGUGGCUGAGGCUUACAAUAAUCUGUGUGUUGAAUAUGGUAAAUGGGAAUGGGACUUCCAAAAGCACAUGUACAACUGGCUGGAGACGGCUAAGACAAAAAUUUCAAAUACCAAAAGCCAGUCCUCAAACCUUGAUGAGUUUCUCAACAGAUUACAAGAUGAGCUGGAAUCACAAGAAAAUAUAACUCUGGAUAAAUUGACUAAAUACUAUGAAAGUAAGGAUGGACGUGUUAACCUUGUAGAAAGCUACAGAGCAACCUUUGAGAUGAGCAUCAAAACUCUUAGGAUUGAAAUUAAAAACUCUGUGACAAACAAGUUGACAGCAGCUAUUGAUUUUCAAAACGGAAUGAAAAAGGUACACGAUGUCAAUGAAAAGCAUAAAGCAAUAUUAGAAGAAAAAGUGUUGCAACUGCUUGGAGUCUGCAGGGAAAGAAAUGAGGAUUUAUCCGAGGAGCAGCUGAAAAAGGAAUUUGAAAAGAUGUGGGAUGAGACAGCGAGGAGGCUGGACCUUAAAGGUUUAGAGAAGCGAGACAUUGUAUUAGAUGUUUUUAAUCAAUUGAGAAAGCAAUUAGAUAGACAUGGAGGUGGAGUUAAGAUGGUGAUAAAUCAGGCCAGCGAUUUGACUAAAUAUGGAGUGACCUCGUUUACAGUCAACGACAAAUACUUUGAACGUUGCUGGUUCAAGAAAAACAUAACUGAUGUUAUUGGCAUAACUGUGCAAAAGUUCAAAAAGGAGGAAGCAACUGAUAUAGCACAAUGUGUAAUAACAGAGAGCAGCCAGUUUGUGUCAGACAGAAAACACACUACAACUGACUACCACGAGACCUACACCAGAGAGUUGUUGGAAAUGAUAGACGGCAAGCUGAAGGAAAUUAAGAAACUGAACGCACAGUUUGAAGUUGAUCUGAAGCUGCACAUCUGUGGGUUUGCGGCCAGGGAAUUUCAACAGAUGCACGAAGAUUUUAUUAAGUUCAACAGCCCCCCGAAACAUCUGGAAAAGUCCAGGCCGCAGUACUGUGCUGACUUCAUAGAUCUUUACCGUGAGAAACAUCAGAGCCAAAAGAAGGCUGAAGAAUUCACUGAGCGCUGCCUCAAGCCUGCAGUGAGGGAGUAUGUCAACAAAGCCCUUGGGAUAGAUAUUGUAGAUGCAAUGCUGACUGGUGCAGACUCUGUGAAAUACAGCACCCGGUCAUAUUUCCAGCAUUCAAUUCUGAAGCAGUUACUGAAAGACAAUAAAUGCAAAAACUAUGUGUCAUACAUUAGAAACUACAAUAAUUUUGUCAAGAAGUGGAUAUUUGAUUGUAUUCUUGAGUUUUUUAAAUUCAACGGCCUUUCAGGUUUAGAAUUGAAACGUCUCGAAGCCAUAACCGAGAAAAUACAAGCAGCAGUGAAAAGGGCAGAAAACGAGGGAACCUCGACACGCAAUAUCAAAACCAUAUCGGGGUUUGUUGAAAAUGUCUGCAGUAUUCUGAGCAGCGAUAUUGUGAUUUCCACAGAUGAUCUUGGAUUAAAACUUAUUCAAGACAAAGCAAGUGUGAAGGAGUUCAUUGGGCAUCUUCAAUAUUACCUUAAACAAAUGAAGACAUCUCUAAGUGCCGAAUUUCCUCAAAGGUGUGAUAUCCAAAAGAAACUUAUCAACCUGCCAUUCAAGCCGCAGCACGAGCUGUUCAAGAGGGUAUUUGGUUGUGGAAAGCUGUGUCCGUUCUGCAAGGUCCCCUGUGAGGCAGGAGGCAAGGACCACAAAGAACACCACGCAUCAGUGCAUCGACCACAAGGGCUGGGGAGAUGGACAUAUUUCGUAUCUGAAAAACUAUGUGUAGAUUUAUGCUCAACUGAUGUGCACAGUGAAUGUACAUUUCAGAAUAGUGACACAGAGUGGGAGCCUCAUCCCUAUAAAGACUAUCGGAGAUUCUACCCUGACUGGAACAUUCCCCCAGAUCCCAGUAUCGAAGCCUCUGACUACUGGAAGUACGUGCUGACUACAUUUAAUGAAGAAUUUGCAGAGGAGUACAAGGCAAAGCCUGCUGACAUCCCAGCAGAAUGGAAAAAGAUAACAAAGGAACAAGCACUGAAGAGUAUAAAUGAGUUGUUUAAUAUGAAGUAAAUAAAAGCUAAAAGAAAAGUGUCAAAAUCCUCCCGAAUGUCAUGCUGGAACAGCAACUGAAUCAAAGAACAAGUUUCAGGACUGACGAAGCAAGUGAUUAGAGCAGGGGGGUCAAACUCAGCUCCUGGAGGGCCGCAGGGUCUUCUGACUUUCAUUCCACCCGAGCUCUCAAUUACUUAAUCAAUCUAAUUAUUUGAUUCAUUGGACACAUUUAACACUUCUCUCUCCAGGCCUCCAAAUGUUUCACAGGCCGUGUACCAUGAAUUUUGAAUCAAGCGCAUUUCUUAAGUCAUUAACUAUAAAAGACCUUGAAAAAAUAUGCAACCUGUCCAAUUCUACAAAUGAAUAGAUCAAUUAAGUUAAUUGAGAGAUUAAAUUGGAACGAAAACCAGAAGACCCUGUGGCCCUUGUGAAUUGGAGUUUGCCCCCCAGGAUUAGACUCUGGACCUUGUUUUGAAUUGAGUGAUUGAAAUUGAUGUGAAAGGAAUACAACUGUUCAAAAUGUUUGAAAAUUCAAAACAACCCUGUA